GACGAAUAUAUCUGAUGGGAUGUGAAGUUGUGAUGGGAGUGAAAGGAAUUUCGUUUGUCUUUCAGGCAACACUAGAUUCGUCGUUGUUUUGCUCGCAGCACGGGUACUGUCCCUGUGGAAGACCAUUUCAAGGAGUGCCUUGGUGAUGCUUGCACUGGUUAGGGGCGUCGUCCUAUAGAACUGGUUGCCCCCCCCUCUCAAAAUAGUUAAUGCAAACCCCCAAAAUGUAAAUUGCAGUCUUGCAACUCCGUGUUAAUUACUCUUAGAGGGCUCCCACGUUUUGAUUCUGGCCUCAAGAUCGUUGCAUCGGAUUAAGACUUCCAGUUCUGAGACCAGUCAACAUGACUGUGCAGAACUCACAGUGCCAAUGGAUGAGGAAAUGCUUUCAAUUCCCAUCAGUAACAGUGUUCAUGCACUUCUGAAGAGAAGAGAAAACUACCUAUGCAGUCUGCUACAGAAGAAAUUUGGUUGCAUAGCUCUCCUUAAAAGCAUGAGGAAUCCCAUAGAAGUGUAUAGGAAAAGCCUGAAAGAAGGUAUUGAUGUUUCUGUCUGGGUUGAUGAUCUUACAAGACAUGAGGCUGAUGCUUUGGUGAAUGCAGCCAAUGAACACCUGCACCAUUUUGGAGGCCUUGCGUUUGCGCUGUUGAAGGCUGGAGGGCCUGAAAUUGAGGAGCAGUGCAAGAAUUUCAUUGAAAAAAACGGACCUCUCCGUGUUGGCCAAAUUGCUGUCACAAGUGGAGGAAGGCUUCACUGUAAGCAAGUUAUCCAUGCAGUUGGUCCCAGGUGGUCUGAAGAUCAGAGGGAGGAAUGUUGCCUCAAGCUUGAAACAGCCAUUAUCAAUAUUCUGAAAUACGUGAAUGCUCCAGAGAACAAUAUUAGGUCUGUGGCCAUUCCAGCACUGAGUUCAGGCAUCUUCAACUUCCCCCAAGACUUAUGUGCUCAAGUGAUCGUACAGACUAUAAAACAUUUUAUCCAGCUGGCCCCGUUGUUUGGCUACCUGCAAGAAAUCCGCCUCGUGAACAUUGACGAGAUGACAGUGGAAGUAAUGAGAAGGACUUGUGAGGAGUUGUUGGGUGGUAAUGAGGUUCUGUCUCCAAGCAGGGCAGCGGAUUUCAUCAGAGUCCAUGACCUCUGCUUGCAGAUCAAAAGAGGGAAUAUAGAAAUGCAGAAAACUGCUGUUAUUAUUAAUUCUGUGGUUGUACAAGAUGAUCUCUCCCGAGGAACGGUUUCAAGAGCGAUUCUCGAAAAAGCGCAUCCAGAUGUGCGAGAGCAAUUUCUUGCAGAGUUACAGGAAUAUUCGUCAGAGAAUCGAAGACUCAUGUGCACAAAAGGAUACAGUACUGACUCUGAGGUUUUGCUCCAUGUGGAACAGCUGCCUUGUAGUGAAGGCAACACACAGGAGGCCCUGAAAACCACCAUCUCUAAAUGGCUUUUCAAGGUACAGGAGUGGAAGUUUUCAUCCAUUUCUUUUCCUCCCCUUGGCAUUGAAGAGCUGCGGUUACCAAAAGAGAAUGUAGCGGACAUUAUGGUGGAGGAAGCCAUACGCUUUGCAGAGGAGCAUCCUGAGAAGAAGCUGGAAGUGUCCAUUGUGAUUCCCCCAAACGACAGUGAUAUUUAUGAGGUUUUCCACAGCAAGCUGAUGUCAGUGAAAAACAAUCUAGAAGAGAAGAUGGACUGCAGCAAUAUGGAUGCUAUGGAACAACAGACAGGCAUACAAGCCAAUGCAGGAUGUGAAAGAAAUGGACCAUUUGUAGAACUUAUUGGUCACAGUCAUGAAAGUGUGGAGGAAGCAGGACUGUGGCUCAGAAACAUCAUACAAGUUGAGGAAACUCACCGGAUUGUUAUAAGAAAUUCUGAUAUUCUCAAUCUUGGCAAUGUUGAGCUGUCUCAUCUUGAUCAGGAUUUUGGUAUACUCGUACUGAAGAACUUGACUAAGGAAGGGGCAGUCCUAGAGAUUGAAGGGUCCCCCCAAGCUGUUAUUGAUGCAACGUUUGUAGUUGAAUUCAUGCUCCAGACUACAGCCAAGCAAGAACCCCUGAGGACAGAUGGACCUUUGAGAAAUUACUCAUAUCAAGAAGGACACGCAGAGAUGACAAGUAAAUACUGUUAUCAAAUCACUCCAAUAGAGUCUUAUCUUCAAGAAUUCAAGGACAAAGAAAAACAGCUUGAGAAAGCUGGUCUUCAGGUUCUCAAGAUAGAGAAAAUAUGCAAUCCCUUUUUAGAAUUUGCUUUCCGAAGGAUUAAACGAAAAAUAGAAGGAAAAAACACUGGAAUGCCAGUAUGCCACAGGCUAUACCAUCGUGUGCCAGCUCAGUAUUGUAGUCUGGUGUGCCAAACUGGAUUUCAGAAAGCUUACUCCUCUCUGCAAGAUGAGAAAUAUGGAACUGGCGUCUACUUUGCCAAGAAUCCUGGGAACCUUGUAGAUACUCAAGAAAAAUGUGAACUGGAUCACUUGAUCUGCCUGUUCGAGGCAGAAGUUGUAACAGGCUCAUAUACAAGGGGCAAUCGAAGCUUUGUUGCACCCCCUGUAAUUAAUGCAAGCAACAUGAAACUCUAUGACAGUGUUGUAGAUGAUAUUCACAACCCUGAAAUUUUUGUAAUUUUUAAUAGGGAACAAGCCCUACCAUUGUAUUUGCUAACUUGCUCUCUACUCUGGAAUCCACCACAGAAGACCAAUUUUGAAACAUCAGUCCAGAAUCUAUGAGUCCUUGAAGUUCAUCAGAAUGCAAGCAUGAGGUCUAGUGUGCAAGAAUUUAGAAACAUACAUGUUGCAGUUAUUCAUUGCACUGAUAAAAUCUUGCUUCAUUAGAAUCUCGCUAACUGCUAAAUAAGCAAUUUCACCAACAGCAGUUAAAAUGUUACAAUUUUAUUGAAAUGAGACUGCUGCAUUCAUCAUACAAACUCUUUUAAAUAAAAAUUCCAA